CUUCCCAGCAGGAAGAGUUUUGAACAUACGUACCAUCAUUAUUCAAGAUUCCAGGAACUUGGCGGGCUAUCAGGAACCUCUCCCUUCCCUUCCAGACUGAUGGAAGGCUUCCAUUCCCGCCGGGAAGUCUGAAGUCUGCUGAAGCACUGCAGCUACGACAUCAGAGCAGCCAGGCAGCCGCAGAGACUGCGUUCACAUCCAGCACUUCACACAUCGCCAGCUUCGUCAGCAGGUUUAUCUCAAGCGCCGGCUCCUCCACUGACAUCCCCGCGUGGCCCCGGGUGCUUUCAUUUGAGUGGGUUUGAACGCCGGAGUCGGCAGUCGCAGGCAUGGCUUCCCGCCCCGAGUUGCCGUACGGGUACCUGGGCCCUCAGAGCAAGUUCUCGGAGUGGUCCCUGUCAUGCAUCAGUCACAGUAACCCCGACAUCCGCACCGACUCCAAUCAGCUGGAAAUUAAACUGCGCACGCCCAAGCCCAUGAAGGUGACGAGUAACCUGAUAGACUGCGCAAACGAGCGCGAGUACAAGGAGCUGGUCUUCACCCAGACAGACGGGGACGUGGUCAGUCUGUUGGUCAGCCUGCCAGCCGCCGGCUUCUUCAAGCUGCAGAUCUACGCACUGCCCUCCACAGACGACAGCAAGACCCUCCCGAACGUCUAUAACUACCUGAUCCAGUGCACCAGUCCCCCACCCACCGCCGUGCCCCCCUACCCCAAGCAGUACGCUCAGUGGAAGGAGGGCUGCUACCUGUUCGAGCCCCUGCAUCUCAGCAACCUCAGCAACCUGGACACUGUAAACUUUAAGGUCAAAAUCCCGGGUGCCAAAGCUGUGGCCCUGACCGUUGACACGGAAUGGUUUCACUUGCAGCAGAGGGAUGGCUUGUGGCAGGGCACUGUCAAGGGUCUGUCUCGCUUCCGAGGCAAGUGCAACAAAGCCUCCCUCAACGCAAACUACGGCGGGGAUGGCACAAAGUAUUCGUCUCUUUUAGAGUAUGAUUUGUAAUGCAGAAUCCCCACCUUGCUAGUUUUCACACCCAUUUUGUUACGGCAGUUCUAGGCUCCAGUAGAGCGAAGGGGGUCUGUUGCUUCACUGCUUCUGCCAUUUGUCACCUCACCAUGCAGAGGCACUAACUCAUGUUUGGCAAGGGGUCCUAGAUGGAGUGAGAAUGGGUAACCAGUUUUCUCAUAAUACAGCUGGACAGGAGCUUUCGCCCCCUUCUUAGUUGCGCCAUUAGAAAAGAACUUUAACACACCUGUAUUUAUGUCUCUAACAUUAGAACUGCUGGUUUGAUAGUUAUCAUGUCAACAAUGAUCAGCCACAUUGGUUGACUGAGUUUUGAGUGAAGGGAUGCAGGCUUGAAAUGUGGAAUUUAAUCCUUUUCGAUAAAUAAGCUUAGCCGCUUAGUGACCUAAAGUAUAUUAUGAAGUUUUCUUGGGUAUUUUCAGGUAAAAAAAAAAAAAAAAAAACAAAAAAAACCAACCAAACAAAACUUUUGGUUCAGAUAUGUUACAAGUAUAACCUUGUCAACAUUUCAGAAUACAAGAACUGUUCCAUGAAAAGAUUUAAGACAAAUUUGUGGGUUGAACUGUCAGACCCUUGGUAAUAAAACUACAAACUUAAAAAUGAAUUUUAAAAUGAUACUGUCCAAAGAGCUAAUAAGACAAAGGUACAUUGAAGAGGGAUUAAAUAAUCCCAUCUACAACACGUACUACACUAUAUUGAGACAGCUGGUACUAUUUACAUGGAUCAUCUGAAAAAUGUAUGUUACGACUUACUAUAUUUAAUAUGUAGUUGAAGUCUUCAAUGUCUUAAAAAUCUCAGCGCCAAAACAAAUUUUAUUUUAAAAUGCUGCAACAUAAAAGACUAAUCUCUUAUGCUGCAACUGGUAUGUUUACAUGCAUGUCUGUUAGCAUGUUGUAUUUUAAUAUUUUAACAGUCUUUUUUUGAAGACAAUCUUCUUUAAUAAAGCAAUGAAAAUAUG